AUGUCCGAGAAAUACUCAGCAGAAAUGCCUGAAGCUGAAGCUCCAAUUCGUGACGAACUUGACUCCAGCAAAGUCAUCGACUCUGCUUCCGUUGAUGAAAACUCCAUCACUUCUGACCCUCAAGAUAUUGAUCAAAAGAAGUUGGACAGAAUCUACAGAAAGUUGGAUUACAGAAUCAUCCCUGCCUUAUGGUGUAUGUACUUCUUGACUUCCUUCGGUGGUGGUGCUUACGGUAACACUUUGGUCAUGAACAGAGACAAAGGUCACUCGCUUAGUCAACACUUGAGAUUGAGUCGUAAGGAUCUUUCCACUGCUUCUGCUCUUUACUACGUUGGUUACAUUGUUUUCGAUGUCCCAAUGAACUUGAUCAUGACCAAGGUCAGUCCUCAAUCUUGGUUGGCCAGAAUUGUUAUCACUGUCGGUCUCGUUUACACCUGUUACUCCUCCUUGAGCAACCCUGGUGGCUUAAAGGCCGUGAGAUUCAUCUCCGGUAUGGUUGGUGCUGGUACUUGGCCAGGUAUGAGUUACUACAUCUCCUUGUGGUACCCUAACGAAAGAAUUACCAGAAGAAUUGGUUACUACUUCACUGCUACCCAAAUUUCUGUUGCUGUCGGUGGUUUGGUCGGUGCUGGUGUCCAACACAUUGAUGGUAACAGAGGCUACACUGGAUGGCAAUGGAUGUACUUGAUCUACGGUGUUAUUACCAUGACUGUUGGUGUCUCCUUAUUGUGGUGGUUGCCAGACAGACCUUUCAAGACUGAAAGUGAAUCAACCGGCAAGCUCUCUACUUUCUACAACCGUUACUUCACUACUUCCCACCCAUUGAACGAAGAAGAAAAGGCAAUCCACCAAUUGGACAUUAAAGACAAGCAAGUUGUUGUCAAGUGGGGCUACAAGGAAGUCUUUGAAAUCAUCACCGAUUUGAGAAUCUGGCCUAUCAUCAUCAUGUACUUCGGUGUCGUCGGUUGUGGUAUCGGUAUCGAUGUCUUCGCUGCUACCAUCAUCACUACCAACAACCCCAAGCUCACAGAUGUCCAAGUUAACUUGUUGGUUGCUCCAAUUUGGUUGUUCGACUUGGCCGGUAUUUUGAUCAUGACUCCACUUGCUGAUAAAUUCAAGAAGUUCAGACCAGUCAUCUUUUCCUUCGGUUGUUGUAUCAUUAUGGCUGGUUUGUUCAUUAUGACCUACGCUCACGGCCCAUGGAAGAAGUACUCCGGUAUGUUGAUCAGUGGUUUCGGUUUGGGUCCAACUGUUCCUAUCUGUAUGUCCUGGUCUAACGAAAUUUUCUCCAAGAGAUACGGUGAUGUUGGUUCUGCCGUCAGUGCUGCCUUGGUCAGUGGUUUCGGUUCUCUUGGUUCCGUUACUGUCACCCGUGCCUUCUACAGUUCAUGGCCUGCUGAUGUCAAGAGACAAUUCCACUACUCCAACAUGAUGUUGGUCAUGUUGUUGGGUGUCAGUAUCAUGGCUUCCGGUGUCACUCACUUCUUGAAGGACAGAAUCAGACAAGUCAAGAACUAA